CGCUCACACGCAUACCCACGCACACAGAGCUGGAUCAGACGCGUUUGAUCCACGCUACCCCACGCUAAAAGAAGGCUUUUACUGCCGACCUCUGGGCUACGUUCACCUGAGAGACUAAAAGGAAUAUCCAGGACUACGGCUGUUUCUUUUUCUUGUCGUUUUUCUCUCCCUCACUUCCCUUCUCUGCUAAGGCCUUUGUGUGAGAGCCACUGAAGUGAGACAGCGCCCUCUGCUGGGUUAGAAAAGAAACUACAGGGAGUGUGAAAGAGAGUGAUAGAUCAUCCCAGGGCAGACGAAUGUGUUUGGAGGAUGAGUCCAGCUUUAGAGACUCUGAUGGAGGGGUGUAGGUGCCCGGCGAAAGAGGGCUUAAAAGGAGGCGUGAUGCUAGAACCGUUUGUGCACCAGGUGGGGGGACAUUCCUGUGUUUUACGGUUUGGGGAACAGACCAUCUGUAAACCCCUCAUUCCCAGAGAACACCAGUUUUACAAGAGUCUGCCUCCGGAGAUCCGCAGGUUCACACCGCAGUACAGAGGGGUCGUGUCUGUAAGCUUUGAGGAAGAUGAGGACGGCGAUCUGUGUCUGAUAGCUUAUCCACUGCACAGCGAGGGUGGAGCACUGGAGAAUAAGGAGUCGCUGGUGGAUGCUGAGCCCAAAGGAAAGCACCUGAAAUGGGGUCAGAAGAAACAUGGCUCCCUGCUACUGGAGAACGAGAGAGGCAGACAGAUUCGCAAGGAAGACAAGAGUAAAAGUAAUCGUGAAGACAAGGCUGAGGUGCUGUACUGCAGUCUGGAGAAGGGGAAUGUGGUUCCACAGAUCAAACACAACCCGUGGAGUUUACAGUGUCACCAGCAGCACCUACAGAGGAUGAAGGAAAACUCCAAACACCGCAAUCAGCACAAGUUUAUCCUGUUGGAGAACCUGACAUGGCGCUACAGGGUCCCCUGUGUUCUCGACCUGAAAAUGGGAACACGCCAGCAUGGAGACGACGCCUCGGAGGAGAAGAAAGCCAAUCAGAUCCGCAAAUGCCAACAGAGCACUUCAGCCACCAUCGGAGUCCGGCUCUGUGGCAUGCAGGUGUACCACAGUGCAACUGGUCAGCUGAUCUUUAUGAAUAAGUAUCUGGGCCGUAAGCUGAGCCUGGCUGGGUUUAAAGAAGCUUUGGUUCAGUUCUUCAGCGACGGACGGGUGGUUCGCCGAGAACUCCUCUCUCCGGUUCUCCGCAGGCUGAGGGAGAUGCGUGAUGUUUUGGAGGAAUGUGAGAGCUAUCGUUUUUUCUCCUCUUCUCUCCUCGUCAUCUACGACGGUGCUCCACCCGCCAGCCACACCCGGACACGGCCGUCCCGGGGAGGAGAGGAGGGCGAUGAUGACGAUGAUGAAGAUGACGAGGGUGAAGAUGACGAGGAAGGGGCGUUCGGGGGGCGUUCUCGGCGACCCUCGGACGCGGCGCCGCCCCAGGUGGACGUGCGGAUGAUUGACUUUGCCCACACGACCUGCCGUGACUACGGGGAGGACGGAGUGGUCCACGAGGGAGGAGACAGCGGUUACAUCUUUGGCCUCCAGAAUUUAAUCAGCAUUUUAUCACAGCUGGAGGAGAACACCAACGACUAGAAACCCUCGUGUCAGUCACUGCCGUCACAGCGACGGGGUUUCAACGUUAACCUUUGCCAUGGCAACCAACGGGCUCCAUCCCCUCAUGGAGUAGAAAGUUCCGUUGCAUGAUGCCCUCACAGGAGAGAGGUCAAGGGGUCGGUAACCUAACUUGACCUCAGGGUUCAUAGUGGGACCAGAACUGUUGCACAUAAACUCAGUUAUUCGUUCUUUCGCUCCGGGGGAAGAGUGAGGUUGGUUCUUUCGCUCUGGGGGAGGAGUGAGGUUGGUUACCUGUGGUGUCUUUUUCCUGCGUGUGUGACGGAGAGGCAGAGGAAGACAGGCGUCGUUUUACAGGCCUCUCCUCUCCUCUCGUUUUUUCUUCUUCACAUGCUCUAGGAUCUGUCCAUCUCUGAAAGAGAAGAGAGCUCAUGAGGAAGUGUGAGCGUGUG